AUGGCUGCGACAAGAUGUUGCGACAUGCUAGUGGCUGCCGCAAGCCAGGAGAAAGUCUCUACGACAACAAUGCUUGUAGAAAUCGGAGGAGCGCAGGCCCUUUUACAGUUAGGAUCCAAACAUAAGGAUGGAACUGAAGAAGGUACUGGAGACGAAUCCAUUGGAGAAGAAGAAGAAGUUGUAGAAGAAGUUGAACAUGAACAUGGACAUGAACAUGGACAUGAAUUAGAUGAUGACAAUUUAGUGGAUGACGAAGAUGAGGUUGAAAAAGCCAAUAAUCAACAAAUUAACGAUGCGGUUGAAGCUGCCGUUAUGAGAUAUGUUGGUGGAACAUUAGAAGCUGCCCAUCAAACCAAUAAUAUUAAUAAUAUUAAUAAACGGAAUAAACGGAAAUUACCCGAUGAUAUAAUUAAUAAUUUAAAUGAAUUUAAUCAAUGGACAGGAUUUUUAGAUGAUAGUAUUACUGAAGGUAGUGAUUUUUAUAGUACUACUAAUAGAUCUCCUAAUAAACGGAAAAAGAGAGAUCUGCAUUCUAAUGGUAUUGAUCCUGAAUUAGAAGGCUUAGGAACUUCUGAACAUGAUCAAUUGGUUCAAGCGGCUAUUAAUGAUGCUAGAGAAUUGGCUAAACAUAUAAAUCAAGAUCAAAAUCAUUAUGGUGAAGAUAAUAAUUCAUCAAUUCAAAAUUCCAUUUCGGCUAUAACUCAAUUGGCUAAUGCUGCUACAACUUUAUCGAGAAAGCCAAAUGCAAAGGGUUCAUCUUCUAGUAUCAGAGGUAAUAACAAUAACAACAGUAUCAACAAUAUCAACAAUAAUAAUAAUAACAAUAAUCAAUCUGAUACCAAUGGUAAACGUGUGAAUAAUGAUUUUAAACCGUUGGCUAUUAAACGUAAAUUCAAUCAUUUAACAAAUGUAGAAACUUUGGUUGAAGAAGCGUCUGCUCAAGCAUGUGCAUGGUUUAAUUCUUUACCUAAUACUCAAGAAAAGGGUCCUAGAAAGUUUUCUCCAGAAGAAUUAAGUGCUUUAGAUCAUUUUAUUGAAGGGUAUUGUCAUUUAAAUAAAUGGACAAGAGAAGAUGUUUGUAAUCGUAUAUGGUCAAAUGAGAGAAAGAAAGAUAAUUUUUGGGAAUCACUUACUAGAGUAUUACCCUAUAGAUCUAAAGCAUCUAUUUAUAAACAUGUUAAAAGACAAUAUCAUAUAUUUGAUGUUCGAGCUAAAUGGUCACCAGAAGAUGAUGCAUUAUUACAAAAAUUAAGUUUAACUCAUGAAGGUAAAUGGAGAUUAAUUGGUGAAGCUAUGGGUAGAAUGCCCGAAGAUUGUCGUGAUAGAUGGAGAAAUUAUGUUAAAUGUGGAGAUAAUAGAAGUUCAAAUAAAUGGAGUGAAGAAGAAGAGAAUAACUUAAGAAAUAUUGUUACAGAAAUGACUCAAACCACAAAAAAUGGAACUAUUAAUUGGACUAUAGUUAGUGAAAGAAUGAAUGGUACAAGAUCAAGAAUUCAAUGUCGUUAUAAAUGGACAAAAUUACUUAAGAAGGAUGCAUCUGAGAAAUCAGUAUUUAUGCCUCUGGAAACAAGACUUUGGUUAUUACAACAAAUUAAAGAUGUUAAUUAUGCCAAUAUGGAUGAAAUAGAUUGGGAAGCCUUAGGUAAUUUAUAUAAGGAAUUACCUAAAGAUAGUAAUAAUCUUGAUGAUACAAUGGAAUGGGUUGCAUCUGAUUUUAAGACUGUAUUUGAGAAAAUGAGAUUAGAAAUCAGUAAUUUCCGAAAAAUGCCAUUAAAACAAAUUAUUACUAGAUUAUUAGAUUCUAACUAUAAACAAAUGCGCAUUAUGAGACUUGCAGAAGAGCAAUUAAUUACUAAACCUCCCCUGACUACAACAUCUACCAAUACUUCGACUAGUAAUAAUCACAAUCAUAACAAUAAUAAUAGACUUGAUCCUAAUGAUCCCGAAUCUAUCGCCAAUGCGGCAGUAGCAGCCGUAUCAUCUACUGUAUCAGCCGAUGAUGUUCAGCACCAGGAGUACAGCUUAUGGCGAUAA